AUGCAUGCAUACAGCUCGGAAAAUGAGGCGACACUCGUGGAUCACCUGGCCUUUCACAAGGCUUUAUGCAUUCUAAUGGGCUGGAACUACACAAUUCCUCCCGAUAACUCGAGAGACUAUCAGAACCUUUCUCCCAACCAAGCAGAAGCUAAUCGGGAUGACCUGAUUUUGUGGCCACCAACUGUUUUGAUUCACAAUACUAUUACUGGAAAAGGUAGAGACGGGCGUCUGGAAGGUAUAGGGAACAAGGCGAUGGAUAGUAUUCUUAGAGAUCUCGGAUUCAGUAGUGGCAAGUCAAUGUCCUUGUACUCGAGAGAAGGCCAUAUGGGGAUGCACACUGUGAAGUUCUCGGCGGACGAGUCGGGCCUGAAGGAGGCCUUGAGGCUAUCCGAUUAUUUCGAGAGAGAAAAACGUGGGUUGAAGGGGUGGGCCCAUGCUCAGCCCUCAGGGCCCGGUAAUUCUAAGGAUGAUGAGAACAACCCGAACCUUAUAAAGUUAGACCCAAAGACGGGUGAGAAAAGGAGAGUAUUUUACGGUCACCUGGCGACCGUUGCUGAUCUGGACAAGGUUACAUACGAGAUCAAGAAGAAGGUCUCGAUCAUGAGCUUAUGCGAAUUUCGAAAAUCUAAAUAA